CAGCUCCCAGCUCCCACCCCGCCAGCGUCUGCUACUCCCGCCGCUGUCGUCUUACGGGUCCCCUUUCUCCAUCGCUCUUUCGCUCCCUACCCCACAUCCAGCAGAGUCCCUGCGCCCUGCCCUAGCCCCUCCUCAACCCCCUGCCAAGCUUGGCAACAGUUAAGACCGAAUGCAGGCACCACACUGCACCGCCUCCAACGUGCGCGGUCUGACGUCACUUCCGCCGGCGACCCCUUUCCUGACCCUGUCCUCCCUCCCCAUACCUUGUCAAAGAAUCGGAGCCACCGCAGAGGUGUUUGUAGGUUCUUGCUCCAGCAGCGACUGUGGGGCGGGACGCUUGGGUUUGGGGAGCUUGGUCCAUUACCUGGCCUUGGGGUGGGGGUUCGAUGACCUCCCCCUGUAGAAGCCCCGGAGCCUGGAAGGGGGCCCUGUAUAGCCAGGUGUUGGUGUCUGCAAGGUAUUUAGGGUGCACGCCUGCUCCCUGGGGGCACGGGGACUGCCAUGGCCCCCAGCCACCUUUCAGUGCGGGAGAUGAGAGAAGAUGAGAAGCCCCUGGUGCUGGAGAUGCUGAAGGCUGCUGUGAAGGAUACGGAGAACCGAGUGGCCCUCCACGCCCUGACACGGCCGCCUGCGCUGCUGCUCCUGGCGGCCGCCAGCAGCGGCCUGCGCUUCGUGCUGGCCUCCUUUGCCCUGGCCCUCCUCCUGCCUGUGUUCCUGGCUGUGGUGGCCAUGAAGCUCGGCCUGCGUGCCCGGUGGGGCUCGCUGCCUCCACCAGGUGGCCUAGGGGGGCCCUGGGUGGCAGUGCGCGGCUCAGGUGAUGUGUGUGGGGUCCUGGCCCUGGCCCCAGGCUCUAACUCUGGGGAUGGGGCCCGGGUCACUCGCCUCUCUGUCUCCCGCUGGCACCGCCGCCGAGGCGUGGGCAGGCGGCUGCUGGCCUUUGCCGAGUCCCGGGCACGUGCCUGGGCAGGGGGUAUGGGGGAGCCCCAGGCCCGCCUCGUGGUCCCAGUGGCUGUGGCGGCUUGGGGCGUGGCAGGGAUGCUGGAAGGCUGCGGCUACCAGGCUGAGGGGAGCUGGGGCUGCAUGGGCUACACACUGGUAAGGGAGUUCAGCAAGAACCUGUGACUCCAACGUACGCACCUACUGUGUGCGGGCACUUUCACAUUCUCCCUGUGCGAAUCCCCAGCCUGCCCAGGGCCCAGAAACUGAGGCCUGCAGAGGGAAAGACAGCCUGAGGUCUGAGGUCUGUCUUUCGUGUCUGAAUUUCUCAGAGUGGUCAACCUAUCUGGCCUCCUGCCUCAGAUUCUGUCUGCACUGAGACAUCUCCCCAGUCUGUCUCUGCAAAGCCUGCACCGUUUGUGGUACCAGCCUGGGUGACAGAGAGGAGGAAAGGAGUCUGAGCAAGUGUGCCUCCCCAAGGGUUAGGAGUUGGGGCAGGGACACCCCAAACUGGGAUGAGGCCCCCACCAUGAAUGGGGUGGGGUUUGAUGCCUGUGCUUGGAGAGGAUGAGUCUGGAGCCAGAGGGGAUGAGCAGAGCCUCUGCGAGGAGGGUUGUCUCCUAGAGAGGCCCUGCAAGGAGGGGGUGGGCACAGGAAGGCCGGCGGCCCCUCCCUGGGGGAAAGGGACUGCUAAGAAGGGUGGCCAGACCUGUCUGGUGUUUUUAUACCCGAUUGUUAAUAAAGCCUGA